CUCUAGAGAAUAAACGUCUUGUUUUGUUUCUAAAUGUUGGUGUUCAUGACCUUGAAAAGUUAUACCGCUGUUCCCAAGAUGGAAAUCUUAUCUAGAAGUAUUGUAACAAAAAUCAGUUUGCAUCCCUUUGUUCUGUCAGCUCUCAAAUGGAUACACUUGCCAUGAUGAGCUUGAGUCUAAUUGUAAAGAACAAAGAAACUUUUGCUGGUGCGUUAACAUUUGUAGCUGCUGGGCUUUGAUGCUUUCUUCCACAGACCGUUUGCAAAUGUGAUUCAGUAUGUUUAAUCUGUCAGUAGAACCUUGAAAACUUUGGAUAUUAUAGAGAUCAUUCUGAAUGAUAAUACCCAGCAGAUUUAGGGAUCAAAUGAACUAAUAUAUGAGUGUAUCUCCUUGCAUAAUAGGAAGAUCGGAGACAGUAAGGGUUGAUUCUAAUAAAUUUUGACCCUUGUUUCAACUUGAACUGCAGGAUUUUAGGGACAAUGUAUUUUUCCUAGAACACCUUUUUUUCCCAUUUAUCAAUAAAACUAUUGUGUGCUUUUGUUAGCUCUUGAUUAUUUCUGUUGAAAGGGAAGAGAACAGAUAAUUAUUACAUUAUCGCACACAACCAAUACUGCCUAACCUGUAAUUUUUAAAGUACCUUUUUAAUUCUUUUUAUGAAAGCAAUAUGUGCUGGGACUGGUGCUGUGAUGCAGCAGGUUACAGCCCUGGCCUACAGUGCCGGCAUCCCAUAUGGGUGCCAGUUCGAGUCCUGGCUGCUCCACUUCUGAUUCGGCUCCCUGCUAAUGUGCUUGGGAAAGCAGUGGAGGAUGGCCCAAGUACUUGGACCCUGUGCCCAUGUUGGGACCCAGAAGGAGCUCCUGGCUUCAGAUUGGCUCAGCUCCAGCUGUUGUGGCCAUGUGGGAAGUGAACCAGCAGAUGGAAGAUGUCUCUGUGUCUCUACUUCCCUCUGUAACUCUCUUUCAAAUAAAUCAAAUAGAUCUUAAAAAAAGGUAAUACAUGCUAUCUCUGUAGAUUUGGGAAAGUUGAAAAAUAUGAAGUAGGCAAAAGGUAUCCCAUUGCUAGAGAGCAAUUUAACAUUUGAUAUGUUCCUUUUUAGUUUUUUAAAACUACAUACUUUUUAAGGAUACAUACCAUAUAUUGUAGAACUUUUGAAAACACAAUUGAGAUUUUACUGUUUUACACUGUGUUUUGACUUAAUAUAAUUUUCAUCAUUGUCCUUUUUCUUAAGACCGCCUUUCUUGGUCUACUAGUAUUUGAAGUUUCCUUCCUUUAGGAUCUUUAGGCUAAAAGGGAAGUACCUUUGAAAACUGGUUCCAGAACUGAGAAGGAAAAGCACUGAGCUUAAAACAGGCAUUCUGCAUUCUACUGCCAGGUCUGCCUUUAUCCAAUGCUGAGAUGAAUCGUCACCUGUAUGUUUGGCUUUUUAGACAUCCAUAUGUUAGUGGUUUCUCCCAGUGUCACGUCCAUCUCUAUUCUCAUCAAUUUAGACAGAAACAUCUGGAUACAAAGCUGUGGGUUUUUAGACAAAACAGAACUCACAUUCUCCAUCAACUGUUAAAGAAAAAUUGGUCGAGGAGAUACUGUCAUAGAGACACCCAAAUACUUUCGAAACACAAAGCACUACAGAAAUAUAUGGAGGACCUGCAUAAGGAGUACCAAACACUUGAUGAGUGUUUGCAGCGGAUCUCUGUGAAUGAUGGAGGCCGAAAGUCCUUGACCCGAAGACAUGCUGAGUUGGCACCGCUUGCAGCCAUAUACCAAGAAAUACUGGAAGCACAACAAGCAAUUGAAGAAUUGGAAUCAAUGUGUAAAAGUCUAAAUACACAAGAUGAAAAGCAGUUACAAGCGCUUGCACUGGAAGAAAGGCAAACAAUUGAUGAAAAACUCAACAUGUUAUACUCUGAGCUUUUCCAGAAUCUAGUGCCAAAGGAGAAAUAUGACAAAAAUGAUGUUAUUUUAGAGGUGAUAUCUGGAAGAACUACUGGAGGUGAUAUCUGCCAACAGUUUACCCGAGAAAUAUUUGACAUGUACCAAAACUAUUCAUGUUAUAAACAUUGGAAAUUUGAACUUCUGAAUUAUACACCAGCAGAAUAUGGUGGACUACAUCAUGCAGCCGCUCGAAUUUCUGGUGACAGUGUCUAUAAGCAUUUGAAGUAUGAAGGUGGGAUUCACCGAGUUCAGCGAAUCCCUGAGGUGGGCCUGUCAUCAAGGAUGCAGCGUAUUCACACAGGGACCAUGUCCGUCAUCGUCCUUCCUCAACCGGAUGAGGUAGAUGUGAAAGUGGAUCCCAAAGAUUUGCGAAUAGAUACAUUUAGAGCCAAAGGAGCAGGAGGGCAGCAUGUUAAUACAACAGACAGUGCUGUCAGACUUGUCCAUAUCCCCACAGGACUAGUAGUAGAAUGCCAACAAGAACGCUCACAGAUAAAAAAUAAGGAAAUAGCUUUGCAUGUGUUGAGAGCUAGACUCUAUCAGCAGAUUAUUGAGAAAGACAAGUGUCAACAACAAAGUGCUAGAAAACUGCAGGUGGGAACCAGAGCCCAGUCAGAGAGAAUUCGGACAUAUAAUUUCACCCAGGAUAGAGUCACUGACCACAGGAUAUCAUAUGAAGUUCGUGACAUUAAGGAAUUUUUAUGUGGUGAGAAGUGCCUGGAUCAGCUAAUUCAGAGACUCCUUCAGUCAGCAGAUGAAGAAGCCAUCAUUGAAAUUCUGGAUGAAAACCUCAAAUCAGCUAAAUAAAUGUUAAUUUAUUGCUUAUUAUAUAAUGAAAUGGGUCUGUGUCAAGAAGUACAUUAAAGCAUGGAUGUCUUAAUGUAUAUUCAUAAGAUGCAGCUAUAAAUAAACUAUACAUACAAAUAUAUAUAUAUAUAUUGACAGGCAGAGUUAGACAGUGAAAGAGAGAGAGACAGAGAGAAAGGUCUUCCUUUUGCUGUUGGUUCCAAGUGACCGCUACGGCCAGCACGGUGCGGCUGGGGCGCUGCGCUGAUCCGAAGCCAGGAGCCAGGUGCUUCUCCUGGUCUCCCAUGUGGGUGCAGGGCCCAAGCACUUGGGCCAUCCUCCACUGCCUUCCCGGGCCACAGCAGAGAGCUGGACUGGAAGAGGAGCAACUGGGACAGAAUCUGGCACCCCAACCGGGACUAGAACCCGGGGUGCCAGCACCACAGGCGGAGGAUUAGCCUAGUGAGCUGCAGCCCCGGCCCUAUAUUUUAAUGAAUCAGAGUUACAUAUAUUUUUUAAAGAUUUAUUUAUUUAUUUGAAAGGUAGAGUUACAGAGAGGCAGAGGCAGAAAGAGAGAGAGAAUCUUUCAUCCAUGGUUUCACUCCCUAAAUGGCCACAACAGCCGGAGCUGGGCUGAUCCGAAUCAGGAGGCAGGAGCUUCUUCCGGAUCUCCCACGCAGGUAAAGGGGCCCAAGCACUUGGUCCAUCUUCUGCUGUUUUCCCAGGCCAUAGCAGAGAGCUGGAUUGGAAGUGGUGCAGCCAGGACCUGAACUGGUGCCCAUAUGGGAUGCUAGCACUGCAGGCAGUGGCUUUACCCACUAUGCCACAGUGCCAGCCCCCAGAAUUACAUUUCUUGACCUAAAGGCUUAUUUUUAAUUUCCUGUAUAUUCAACUCCUUAAGUAGAAAACAAGCAUGCAUCUUUGAAAAGAGAAAUAUGUUGAUCAACUUAAGUUCAGGAAUUGCAAAGGAACUAUAGUCGGAGUCUUAGGAAUUGCAGUUUAAGAGACAACACAUUCAGAUGGCUCUGAAUGAGUGUUUUCACAGAAAGAGGCAAAGUAGAGAGUUAUAUAAAGAAGUAGUACUGAUUUAUUACAGAGCAGUAAAAAUUCUUUUGUUAGAAUCUUAACAUUAUGAGAGAUCAGGAGUUACAUGACCAAUUAAAUAUAAGAAAAGAAUGCUUAUACAUAGUGAACAUGUUCCUAGAGAAGACUCUAGAGGCCGGUGCUGUGGUGUAGCAGAAAAAGCUGCCACUUUUACCUGCUCCGCUUCUGAUCCAGCUCUGCUAUGGCCUGGGAAAGCAGUAGAAGAUGGCCCAAGUGCUUGGGCCCUGCACCUGCGUGGGAGACCCAGAGGAAGCUCCUUGCUCCUGGAUUCGGAUCGGUGUAGCUCUGGCCAUUGCAGCCAUCUGGGGAGUGAACCAGUGGAUGGAAGACCUCUCUCUCUCUUUCUGCCUCUCUGUAACUCUGCCUUUCAAAUAAAUAAAUAAAUAUUUUAUGAAAAAAGAAGAGUCUAAUAUCCUUUGGAUAUGCAUCCAGAAUCUCCGAAUACAGUGUAAUUAUUUCAUCAUUCCAGAUGCCUGUAGUCAAAGGGUGAAGGGGACCAUAACUUCAUAUUUCUUUUUCUUAAAAAAAGAUUUAUUUAAUUUUUGAAAGGCAGAGUUACAGAGAGAAAGAGAGAGAUUUCCAUCCGCUGGUUCACUCCAAAUGGCCACAUCAGCCAGAGCCAGGAGAUUCAUUCACGUCUCCAUGUGGGUGCAGUGGCCCAAGCACGUCAGCCAUCUUCCACUGCUUUCCCAGGUGCUUUGACAUGGAGCUGGCUUGGAAGUGGAGCGGCUGGGACUCAAACCAGUACCCACAGGGGAUGCUGGUGCUGCAGGCAGUGGUUUAACCUGCUGGGCCACAGCGUUGGCCCUCAUAAGUUCAUUAUUUCAAAUAACCACUUGGGACAUGUACGUCUUUUCUUUUGAAGCAUCCCAAAUCCAUUUUGAAAAGCUCUUUAUUUUUUAAGUUUAUUAAUUUAUUUUAUUAAUUAAUUAAUUUUAUUAAUCUGUUUCUUCAUAUGGCUUACCAGGUGGGGUGAUAAUGAUUUAUCAGGUAUAUAGAAACAACAUUCUAACUGAGUAAUAGCACAAGUGCCCUUUGGGAGGCAGUGAUACUGUUGAAUGUUACAUGGUUUUGCAAGACCACUUUUCUUGUUAAGGAAUUUCAGUAUUUACCAAGCUUAAUGUUUGUUGACUGUCAUUUAAAGCUUACUGGGUGGGAAGCAUUAUGGCGCAGUAGGUUAAUCCUCCACCAUUGGUGCUAGCAUCCCAUAUGGGUGCCGGUUCUGGUCCUGGCUGCUUCUCUUCUGAUCCAGCUCUCUGCUGUGGCUUGGGGAAGCAGUAGAAGAUGGCCCAAGCUCUUAGGCCCCUGCACUCGUAGGAGAGACCCAGAGGGAGAUCCUGGCUCCUGGCUUCAGAUCAGCUCAGCUCUGGCCGUUGGGGCCAUUUGAGGAGUGAACCAGCAGAUGGAAGACCUUUCUCUGUCUCUCCCUCUCACUGCCUGUAACUCUACCUCUCAAAUAAAUAAGUAAAAUCUUAAAAAAAAAAAAAAAAAAAAAAAAAAAAGGCUUAUUUUGUAAAUUUGGUUAAUG